ACAAGCUUCACACCGACGCGUCACCGUCGGGUUUUAUUUUAAUUUUAUAAUUAUAAGUGACAAAGAAAAUUGUGAUAAGUGUGAUUUUUAUACACAUCUUGGUGAUAAUAUUAGUGUUAAGAUUUGUUAAGUUAUUGUUGCAACGUGGAAAACAAACGAGCUUACCCUGCCUGCAGUGCGUGCCACGAGCCCCAGAGUCCCAGCCAUUAGAUUGAGUGGAGUGUCCCCUGUGCCCACACGUAGCCCUGUACGCAGCCAAAAUUCCACGAGACACCACGGACACCUCCUCCAGCAUGGAACUGGAGAAAGCCCCCACUCUUCACGAGGAAGACUCCAAAGUUACCCUCACUAUCAGACUGAUCAUGCAGGGGAAGGAAGUUGGCAGUAUUAUUGGCAAAAAAGGAGAGAUUGUUAAAAGGUUCAGAGAAGAGUCUGGAGCAAAAAUCAACAUAUCCGAUGGAUCGUGCCCAGAGCGUAUUGUCACCGUCACGGGCAACACAAGUGCUAUAUUCAAAGCGUUCACACUCAUAUGCAAAAAGUUCGAAGAGUGGUGCUCUCAGUUCAACGAGGGCGGCGGCGGCGGGUCCCGCGCGCCCAUCACGCUGCGCCUCAUCGUGCCCGCCUCGCAGUGCGGCUCGCUCAUCGGCAAGGGCGGCUCCAAGAUCAAGGAGAUCCGCGACGUCACCGGUGCUAACAUACAGGUUGCAAGUGAAAUGCUACCAAACUCAACAGAGCGAGCGGUGACAAUCAGCGGGACCUGCGACGCUAUCACACAAUGCAUUUAUCACAUCUGCUGUGUUAUGCUAGAGAGCCCACCGAAAGGUGCCACAAUUCCAUACAGACCAAAGCCAAAUGUUGCCGGACCAGUCAUAUUAGCCGGAGGACAAGCGUACACAAUCCAGGGCAACUAUGCUGUACCUGCACAAGAUAUGGGAGGUUUGGCUAAGUCACCGCUAGCGGGCCUAGCCGCGCUAGGUUUGGGCGGCCUAGGCCCCGCCAACGCUGCCGGAUUAAAUCCUGCAGGUAAACAGAGCCUAACGCUGGCGGCUCUAGCAGGGUCACAGCUGCGCACGUCGAAUCAGUCACGGAACCAGCCCGCCACCAACCAACAGUCGCAUGAAAUGACCGUACCCAAUGAACUCAUAGGAUGCAUUAUUGGCAAGGGUGGCACCAAAAUCGCUGAAAUCCGACAAAUCUCCGGCGCCAUGAUCCGAAUAUCGAACUGCGAGGAGCGCGAAGGUGGCAGCACUGACCGAACCAUCACCAUCUCCGGCAACCCUGACUCCGUUGCCCUGGCCCAGUACCUCAUCAACAUGAGGAUCACGAUGGAGACGGCGGGGCUGCCGCUGCCGGGCUACCACUACAUCGCCCCGAACCACAUCGUGAAGGCACCGAUCCAUUGAAUGGGGCUCCGCGGCCAGAAUUCCGGCGUUGCGUACAAACUGUACAACACUGAACGCACCAUUCUGAUGCAGCCGCAAUACGGGACUCUGGCUCCGAUAUAUUUCUUCAAAUGAACGUGACCAAAACAAUCUCUCUAAAACGAGGUGACGCUAUUGGCAAGACAUUAGAUCCACGCUGAAUGUAUGUUUACAUUUGUUACGAGUUUAUAAGUAUUUUAGAUAUUCUUAUAUUUAUUCUCCACUGUAUUUGAUUGAUUGGAGCAGAACAUGUCAGCGAUUUAUAUAUCAAUAAGACCUGGGGAAGGGGUUUGAAAAAUAAUAAUUAUUAUAAAAAAACAUACGACUGACAUUUUAAAAUUUUUGCUAAUCCGUGAACAGUGAACACUUUAACUUCACAAAACACUUAUUUUAAAUAGUUAAAUAUUUAUAAUGAUUUGUCUCGUUCACUGAUCACGGCUUAUGAAUUUAUAACAAAGUGUGCAACAGGAGUUAGCUAAGCUGAUCGAAUUUACUAUGGAUUUAAGCGGUUGAGUAUAUCAAUUGUCUAUUGGAUUUAUUUUCCAUUAUGAUCAGUACCGACCACAAGUAAUAAUGUUCAAAGUAAGUUUAAUCGAGUGUCGGCGUACAUUAGAUAGGCGUAGAUGCGUUACAAUCGACCUCGGACCCGCUGACGUAGCGUAGUGUUAGAUUAGCGAACAGAGUGAGAGGGUUUAAAGACAAUAUUUGUAAAUAAAAUAAUCGUAAUUACCUGGAAAUUAGGUGUUACAGUAAUAGUUGCGGCGCAGGAGCGGCGCGGCUGCACGAAACCGAUGGGAUCAAAUCCUUUAAGAAACUUACUUUAAACGAAGACAGAGGAGAAGAUAACAUUUCAGUAUAUCAUUUAAAAUCGUCUAAGAUCACAAAAAAAGACGUUAGGUAUAAAAAUAGUGUUGCUAAAUGUGAUAGUCUUCUAAUUUAUUUUACAUUUGAACUAUUAAGAUCUCUAACGUAUACACAAUGUGUAGGAUACAUCGGCUACUGGAAAUUUUAAGUCGAAUAAUUAAUAUUGGUCUAGGGAUCAAAGCCAAAGAUUGUUAAAGUUUGUUUAACAUUAAUAAUGUUGCGGAUUUAUGCUAAAUUAUUCUGAGAGUAGUUAAUGUUUAGUAAUGUAAUGUAGAACGGUUUAUUUGAAUUAUUUUAUCACCCUCUCCAGACUGCUCAUUGUAUUUAGUCUUAGAUCAAAUAUAGUCCUGUGGUAAUCAAAUAUUUCCAAAAAAAAGUAAAAAAAAACACUUAGGUAUAAUGUAGGGUAAGAUAACUAUAGGACCACUGGUAUUAAAGAAAGCUUUUCGGUGAAAUUACAUUAUAUUUGCUUAAAAGUUGAAGAGUGCCAAGUCGCCACGAAUACCGAGUGCCAAAUAUUGAAUUUCAACUUUUGUAUUAAUGCGUGUAAAGUGCGCAUGUCUUAAACAUGAUAUAUGGUAACAUAACAAUACAAGUAUCAAGUUAUAGGGAGUUCGUAAGCGAGCUGUAUUAUCCACUUCUUAUUAAUUUUGCACCCUAGUUGUAAGACUAUGCGAUUAGACUUAAUAUUCUCGAAACAUAUCCCAAUAACAUAUUUCCCAAGUCUUCCCCUUGCAGUAUUCAGUAAUGAAUGAUUGUGCCAAAGUUGUGUCUAAAUUUAUUGUUUAAUGUGACGUCGAUAGUAUUGAAAAUUAGUUUUAUUUCGUUGAAAUCGUCGGUCGAUAUGCUAGUCAAAUUGUUCUGAAAGUAGAAAAAAUUAAGAAAUUCUAUAUGCUAGUCAAAAUUUUGUUUUUCUAUCGAUGUAUUUGCGUUAUGUGAAAUUAUUGAAAGUUUAUUUUAUUUUUGUUUACACCUCUCUCAAAGUUUUAACUAUUUUUGUGUGCUUAAAUUAACGUAGCAAUAAAAUUUUGAUAAAAUCAAUUAUUUAUAGUCUAUUAAAUUGCAAUUAAGACAAUGUAUAGAGCUUCGUAAAGUAAGUACACACAGGUUAAAUAGAAUUAAUCUAUAGAUAUAAAUUUGUGAAAAGAUAAUUUUGAAAAAAAAAAUAGUAAUUUACUAAAGAGAAGAGAUUUCAUAGCUGUGAUUAACGUUGGGGUUGCACUUUUGUGCUCGAGCUACGUCAGGAAGUGGAUCGCGCGGACAGUGAUGACGCAGGCAGUAGACUUAGUGCACGCUUGUAGCAGCACUCGCCGUCACACCUUUUGUAUCUAACAUUACAAAGGUAAUUGUAACGCAAAUACUUUCUGAUAAAGAAGUAUCAAUACAUCGGUGUUGUCAAUGAUAUUAAUACAUUUUAGGACAAUGCAAUUUUAAAUUAUUAGUGAAUAAAUAAUAAUUAGUGAUAAUUUUUCAUUAUAUCCUCGUAUUAUUACGUUCAGUUGUAAUUUAUAGUAAUCACAGCAAUCGAUAUAAUCUUUAUUAUACUCAUUAUAUAAUUAUAGCAAUUAUUAUGAUUCGUAUUGUUAUUGUUAUUUUGAUUUGCUCAAUUUUGUCAAUGUUGAUGUAAGCUAGGCUGCGAAAUGACGUUUAGUUUGUUUUCUGUUGUUCGAUAAGCAAUAUUAUAAUUUAGUGUGCUAUGCACAUCGUACUCGUGUACGAAUUAAGUAAACCUUAUAUUACAUAAAUAUUACUUAAUUUUAGUCGCACCAAAAUAUGCUAUAGGCAAGAUACGUAACUCGUUAAGUUACUAAUGUAUAAAUAAUCACUUACUACUUAAUUACACUUAAUUUUGUUACUCUUCAAUCAAUCUAUGUUUUCUUUUUAUUCUGUCUAUUGCGUAUCGUGCUCUAUAACAUAUUUGAUAAUUAAUUUUAACAUGCGGUUAUAUUGUCGAUGGUUUUAUUGGAUUGGAGUUUUCGAAUACAGGAAUGUUAAUUUAGGUAAUGUUGAGAAUAGUAUUACAGUGCCAUCAGAAGUGUAAGAGAUUAAGUAAGCAGAGCUAGGGAACUCAAUCUUACUAUGCCGAGUACUCAUAACGCAAAUGUUCUACACAGUGCAAGAUUGCGUUCAAUGACAAUUAAAAUAAUAAUUAUUUACUGUAUAAUCAGAUAUCAGUUUUAUCCUCGUUAUUUGUAUGUUUCAAAUGUUCUUAAUAUAUUUAAGACACUAAACUAAAAGUUAGUGCCUUUUGUUCUUAGAUUUUCUUGAAAUUAUUUUAAUCUGUAAGUUGUACGAUUGUGGACUUCAUUUGGAUCGUGUUAUGAAUUAUAUAGCCUUUAUUGACAGGGUCAGACAGCGCUGUAUAAUAGUGUAAUUACAUUCAAUCUUAGCAAAUAUUGAUUAAUGUAAUAGUGAAUUACUUUACAAUUUUCGUGUUAGCACAUGUAUUUGAAGUUCUUAUUGCACCGUUUUUGAGAAUCCCUUGGAUUUUACGGUUAAUAAUAUUAAAAUUUGACAUAACUACAUUCUAUAAUUAAAUAUUUUGGAUAAAUUCUUACCAUAAAACCACAUCGUUCUCAAGUUUACUGGUGACAUAUUAUGACAAACAUAAUACAUAAACAAUAUUUUGCUAUGGUAUGAUAAACAUAUAAUCCAUAUUAUACAGGUUCGACACGAUUGGGUAAAAUGGUUGUGUAAAUUAUCAUGCAUAUUUACGAUAUCCAACAAUAAUUAUAUUCGCUUGAUCCCGUUAAGUACACUACGAUUUUAUUAGACAAAAUAUUCAUCUUUUAAUACUACACUUUCGUAGUGAACAGGGUAACAUGAUACAGAGACAUUUCAUCAUAUCUUCACCUACACAGCUUUAUAGUUCAAUUGAAUGUAUUCCGACUAUCUAAGAAGGUAUUUUUAUCCAAGAAUUAAAUCUUCUAUAAAUAAUGAAGUAUGCGCUCUGCUGGUACUAAAGGUACGGCGAACCGUGCUGUAUGAAAUUGAUGAUAUUGAAUAAUAUUGGUAAGGCGUAUUCUACAAAGUAUACGAACAUACUAGUUGUGUGUAUACAAAUUAAAAUGUAGAUCCGCCAUCUUAUUUUCUGUCAUAUUGUGAAUGUGCGUAGGCUAUUAAUUUCACAGUUUCGAAACCUGUUUAGUAUUAAAGUUAAUAGUAAUUAUUGACUGAGUAUAGUUAAGAAUUGUAAUAUCAAAAAACAACAAAAAUAUCUGAUGUUUUUGUUUCACUGCUGUUACAGUAAGCAUUUAAUUUUUGUAUUCAUUAUAAUUAGUAAACAUUAAAAAGUCUUGUUCUACAAAUGUUAUUUGGAUAUAAACGUGUAGACUUUAUUGGUUUUAAUCAAUGACAUAAAUAUACUGACAUUUAAGUUUUGGAAGAUGAGUGAAAAUGUGUGUAGGUAUUGUGAUCUCUAAUGCGGCUAAUUGUCUAGUCAAACUAAUGUAAUGUUAUUGAGUCUGCUGCGGCAGCUAUUCUUCAAUGUUGAUAUAUUUAUGGCGCUGACUGCCACUAACAUCAUAAUAUGCCAUGCAAUAAUACCCGGUACCUAAUUAAAAGUUAGAUGUAACUAGAAACAAUUUAUGUACAUUGGAAACACAAGUGUCGGGCGACAUUGCGGUAUUUUCUAGUGAAGUGCGCUUGCGUGGGAAUAACAAUGCUUCCCUGUAGAAAUCAAUUCUAUUGAUUGGAUUUCUCAGGUCUUCAAUAACAUUGAUACGAGCAGCAGGCCGCUGGACACGAGGCGUAGGUCCCCGGCUGUAGUCGAGGACAGUGACGAGUUGUUGAGAGUGAGAGCUUAUCUUAGUAAUAAAUUGGUUGUGCGGAUAAUUCACGUAGCGUUCGUUUGCCCGGAUGUCGCCGAGAAUAUAUAGGAAUGUGCAUUGUAUAAUAAUAAAGGAUAACUUGCACAUAUUUUUAUCAAAUCUGAUAAAUAGUUUAUUCUUUACUGCUUCUAAAUGUACUGCAGAUGCAAGAUGUCGUGUAAUCUAUAUUAUGUUCUCACACACUCUAGAUGUUCACAUGUCAUAUCUUUCGAAUAUCACUGUAAUUAUCUACAUAUCUAAUCGUUUUGUGUAUUGAAUUGAUUAAAUGUUAUGAAUAUAAAUGUUGUACUCACGGUUACAGUAUACUGUCAUGAGGUUCAUUUCAAUAUGAUAUUAAUGUUUGUUUUCAUUAUGUUAAUUCAAUAAAGUGUGUAAAUAAAA